AUGGGUGGGUGGUGCCACCCAGAGAUAUCACUGCAAGAAUUAUUGAAACUGAUCAAAGGGUUUGUUGAUAUCAUCAUCUUAGCUUCUGGCUAUCAAUCAUCUGGUCAUUUUGCUCAUUGGGAUCCGCUAAACAUUAAAAAAGCUUUCCAAUGGGGUCUUUUCUUCGAGAAUGUGUUCAUAAGCAUGGACGGAAACCAAGACUCCAUAAAUGAAUUUGAUGCAGCCUUAUCCAAACUGACGUCUGAUCCUCAAUUUCCACAGGGUCUUACACGUAUAUCAUCUGCUACUCUUAGUAAAUCAAGAAUUUUUAUAGUAGAACAUCUGAUUCGCACUCUACCAAUGAGGGAUACACAUCUCAAAGCCGUUUUAAAAGCAACCAUCGAAAUGGAUCUUGAUGAACUUCAGAGAACAGAAACCAACUACGUGGAUAUAUAUCUUGAAAAGUUGACGCUGCAAAAAAGGAGUCAAGUUUCUAUCGAGGAGGGUUUGAUGGACUUUUUGCCCUUUUCUUGUUUUGAUGACAUUUUACAUCAAAAGGCUAAAAACAGCACGGAAAUCAAGUUGACAGCAUUUGCUAUUCGGGGAAUUAUGAAAAGGCAACGUGCAGUUUCAUGCGCUUCAAUGAUGGAGACAAGUGUGGAUGUUGUUGCUAAGAUCACAACACAAGGAAACUGGAAUGAGCUUCACGAAGACUUGCUUCAAGUACAACAAAAUCAUUCAACAGUUUCUUUGUGGAAUAAUUGGCGAACGAGAACCCUUUCAUAUCUACUUGAUAAGCGAACUAUUAGAUUGGUUUCAGGUGCCAACAUGAUUUUUUCUGCUCCUAAGGUUCAGUGGGCACGGGUUUUCAAACAGCUAGAUAUGUCAAAAGAAGCCAAUGAAAACGCAUGUGAGACAAUUGAACUCUUGCUGUUAGGAAGUAUUUCAAGCCGAUGGGAUCGUGUUAUUCAAAAGUUCAUGUCGAAUUCACAUGGAUCUAUUAGCAUCUUCACGUUAUAUGAAGGAGUGCACAACUUAAUCUUGGAAAGAUUUCAAAAGGUCGAAUUUAUGGAGGAAACGAAGAACUCAAAGGAACAAGAUAUCGUUGAGUAUCUUGAAGUUAAAUUAAGCAAUCAAAUUCAUCGGUUGUGGGAACUCUCACCUGCACUUACAGCAGCGGCACUUCCUCCAUGGUCACGUUUAUUCGAAGUAUAUUCAAGUGAAUUGUUGAGUCGGUUCAAAGGAAAAACUACGAAGAUCAGAUGCUGCAGUUGUAUUGAUGAUAACAAGGAACACACAGAAUGUGAAGUUGCUGAGAGGAUUUGGUGCCUCUACAUCUUUCAUGUAUUAAAAAUCCAAUCUUGAUGUACCUUUGGAUUUCAAGAAACAGUUUCUAUUUUUAUUUUGGGUCUUUCACUUUGAUGGUAUAAUUAAUGACAUAGGUGUGAUGUGGGUCCCAAAGAUCUCAAUCUUUACGGUAGAAAUCAGGUCUGCAUACAUCAUAUCCUCAACCCUACUUUCAAGUGGGAUACACCAGGCUCGUUUGAUUUAUCUUGAUCUUUAGGAGUUUAGAGUAAAGAUGUUUGUGUUCAGAUUGAUUGGUUUCUUCGAUGAAUUCGACACAGGCAUGGUGCAACGUUGAGAAUCGAAAUCAAAGCACUUGAUCGGUCCCAAAAUAAUUUUUUGUAGAUAGGGUAAAUUAUAUUAUGUAUACUAUGUAUUAAUUUUUAUAAGGUGAACA